CAUUUCAACUUGACUCAUGAACAAGAUGUGUGUCAUGUGUACCGUUACCGUGACCUUGGUAUCGACAGAACGAGUCAUUAUCAGCCAUACAACAGGAUUCAUCUCCGCGUGUUUAUUUCAAUACAUGGGAACCAACAGGCAAUGGUAAACAGUUCCUCGCAUACCGCGAGAUCUCGCGUGCCUUUGGACCGGGGCUGGGCGUGGAUGGUAGUUGUGGGAGCAUUCUGCACGAUUGGAAUGGUUGUGGGCACGCUGAAAUCCUUCGGCGUACUGUUGGUGGAACUCUCUAGAAAGUUUGAUGUACCCACCAGCGUGCUGACGUCAUCUCAGUCUCUGUGUGGCUACCUUCAUCUAGCGCUGACCCCUAUAUCAACUGCUAUGAGUCAAAGGUUUGGUCACAGACCCGUGAUCUUUAUUGGUGGACUGGUCACUGCUCUUGGCCUGGUGACCACUGGCUUUGUAUCCAGCAUCGAAGUCUUCUUCCUCACGUACGGGCUCUUAACAGGAAUUGGAUUCGGGAUUAUUCUAGGACCCUCCCUCGUUUUCCCGGGCCUGUACUUUGAAAAACGUUUAGCCAUAGCUUUAGGGUUGACAUCGUCCGGGUCAGGAUUUGGAAGUUUCAUUUUUCCGAACUUGAUGCGAUUUCUCAUGGACGAGUAUGGGAUUCAAGGUUGUUUCUUCAUCAUGGGAGCCAUAAUGCUUAAUGUCUGUGCUUGUGCUUUGCUGUUUUUACCAGUGUCAUGGUGGGAAAAGGGAAGAGGCAAAUGUUACGAGGCAGGGGUAUUACUAGUUGAUAAUACUAAUGAUAUAGCGAUGGAUCUAUACAAAUCCAAUGAGAGUGAGUUGGAGGAUUACGAAAAUGGUCUCCUUAACAGAUCUACAGAACGGGCGUUGAAUCAUUGUAACUCUCUGGAAGGUGUGGGAACAAAAGAGCCAUUUUGCGUAGAUGACAAAACUGUCAAAGAAAUAGAGUUGUCUGAAAUGAAUUCUACUGUCACGUGUCCUUCAGACAUAAAACGCCAUCGAAGUCAUGACAGUGCAAUUGAGUUAGCUAGCAUGGAUUCCAUUCCUAUCAUCUUAGAGAAAACCACCAAUUCAGAGAACAAAGACAAGCAAUCGUGUUUUGAUUGUGAAAUAUUGAAAAAUCCCACUUUCCACAUCCUCAAUAUAGGAGUAUUUCUGGCGAUACUCUCCCACCACUGUGUUUUCAAUUUCACACCUUCACUAGCAGAAGAGUUCGGAUUCACUGAGUCAGAGGGCGCUUUGUGUGUGUCGAUCGUCGGCGCUAUGGAUCUUGUCGGGAGGGUCUCAUCUGGUUUCAUCUCAACCGCGUUUUUCUCUCGACGGGUGCACUUGUACCAAUUGUGUCUUCUGUUGUUUUCUUUCAGCGUCAUGACAACCAUUUACAUGGAAACAUUCUACGCUUUUGUCACGUUGUGUGGCAUGAUGGGAUUGAUGACAGGCGGGUUUGUGGGGACACAAAUUUCUAUGUUGGCCGAGGAACUUGGGCGGGAAAAACUACACACGACAUGGAGUUACGUGGCAUUCUCUAUUUCCUUCUCCACCCUGAUUAAUCCUACAAUAGCGGGGGCAGUCCGUGACGUAACAGGAUCGUGGGUGUUUGUGUUUUGGAUGGUCACGGGGUGGAGUUUUACAGGUGUCUUUGUUUUCAGUCUUUUGUAUCUUAUGAGCAAAUGUAUAAAAAAGAACACGUGAUCUGUA